CAAGAUAAGUGGUCAAAUUCCCUCUCUGAAACCCCCUCUUCAACAACCUGGAAGGAACUAGCAAAGGUGUGUCUGGCCCAGAUCAUUCUUUUUAACCGGCGCAGGGAAGGAGAGGUGGCAAGCAUGCCUUUAUCUGCGUUUUUAUCAAGAGACUCUUCUGAUCCACAUGAGGAUGUGGACUGGGCACUCUCCGAAGUGGAAAAAAACCUCUGAAGACACUUCUCAAGGAUUGUCAUCCGGGGAAAACGUGGUCGCCCAGUUCCAAUUCUUCUGACCCCAAAAAUGCUGUCUGCAUUAGAACUCCUUGUUAAACAGAGAGAGGCUUGUGGGGUUCUAAAAGACAAUGGUUAUAUGUUUGCAAGACCAGAAGCUAUGACACAUUUCCGAGGUUCAGACUGCCUUCGUGCUUUUGCAAAAAAGUGUGGUGCAAAGUGUCCAAAGUCACUGACAUCUACCAGACUGCGAAAGCAUGCCGCAACCCUAUCAACAGUGCUGAACAUGACAGGAACAGAGAUGGACCAGCUGGCCAACUAUCUUGGACAUGAAAUAAGAAUCCAUCGCGAGUAUUAUCGACUCCCUGAGAAGACCCUCCAACUCGCCAAGAUCAGCAAGGUUUUAAUGGCACUUGAGCAAGGAAAAUUAGCUGAGUUUCAUGGCAAGAACCUAGAUGAAAUAUCAAUAGAACCAGAUGACAAAGUUCAGGACAGUGAUGUGGAAGACUGGAACAUACAAGAGGAAAACUGUUCGAGUGUCCAUGCAGAGGGGAUACUUCCUCCUGCGAAGGGAAAUGAAAGGCUGUCAUCCAAAAGACGCAAGCCACCACCAUCAGAUGAUGAAAUGCCUUCAUCCAGAGAACCAUCAGCAGAUGGGACACUUCCCCCUACCAAGGGAAAUGAAAGGCCAUCGUCAUCUAAAAGACGUAAGCCACCACCAUCAGAUGAUGAGAUGCCUUCAGGAGUCUUGGGUAUGAAGCCUUCAUCCAAAGGUACAGCGACCGUGAAGAAAAAAUCGCCCUGGAACAAGAAAGAGGUGCAGGCGGUGGAAAGGCACAUGAACCACUUCAUUACAUCCUGUGUUGUUCCUGCAAAAAGAGACUGUGAGAAAUGUUUACGGGCUGAACCAGAGGUUCUUAAGAACCGAGAAUGGCAGCACAUAAAGUUCUACAUCUAUAACCGGAUAACUGCUUACAAAAAGAAAGUUUUAAGCAAAUAGUGUAAAUGUUAUUUAUUUGAAGGGGUGUGCAUUACACUGACAUGACUAUUAUGACAUGACACCCAUCAUGAACAUGAAGGAGUCAUUUUGAGUGUUUAUGGUUGUUGACAUUAAGUGUAAUUCGGUCAAUGCAUUAAAAGUGUCAGAACUUACAGACUAUGAACACUAAAAAUGACUCAUUCCUGUUCAUAGUGGGUGUCAUAUCAGUCUUAUGCACACCCCUUCUAAUAAAGAGUGACCUCUUUUCUUUGUUAAAAGAAUGCAACAAUGUUUUGUUUUGAGCUGUUCAUUACUCUUUGAGUUGUUGAUUCAUUACGGCUUGUGUUGUUCUGCAAAAACAGACUGAGAAAUGUUCAGGGGCUGAAUCAGAGGUUCUUAAGAACCGAGAAUGGCAGCACAUAAAGUUUUAAGUUUAUAACCGUAUAACUGCUUACAAAAACGUUUUAAGCAAAUAGUGUAAAAGUGAUUUAUUCUCAGUUUAUUUUAAGGGGUGUGCGUACACUGACAUGACUGUCAUUAUGACAUGACACCUAUCAUAAAGAAUUACUUUUUUUUUUCUUUGUAAAAAGGUUGCAGCAUGUUUGUUUUGAGCUUUACAUUACUCUUUGAGUUGUUUAAUAAUGAAGCUGAACUCAUUAAAGUUAAAUUCUGCAAAUUGUUUUGCUGUCAUACAAGGGUGUGCUGCUUUCGCUCAUCUUCUUUUGAUAUAUUAACCCCCUAACCCCCCUUGUUUCUCUCUCUACCAAUAUAAGCUACUCUGUUUUAGGCCACAAAAACAUGCAUGCAGGCUAAAAUUCAACCGCAAGGAAACUAGCUGAUGGGCUAAUAUAUGCAGACAGCACAGUGGUAAACACUGCAGCAGUAAUGUGUCCACAUCAGCUGAGAACAGAAAAUUGUCCUUUUCUUCCGUAAUGGGUCAUAUCAAACAUUACCUGCAUGUAUCACAAGUACUUAAGCUUAGAAAUUAUUCACAAAAGAAAUUCUCCAUUUAUUGACUGUCAAAGCUGAAUUAAAAAGCUAGUCUCUUGAAUAUAGGAUAAAAGACAUGCAAUAAUGAUAACUCAUAAAUGAUUAUUCUGUUCAAUAUAUUUCCUAUCACAUAAAGUUUACACUCUCCGGUGAUGAAGUCAUAGCCACGGUAGUGUCAUAUCACCGUCAGUAUUGUGGUGAUGCGGUUCUUUACAGCCUUAAAUUGUAGUGUUGAUAUAGUGGUACUGUUUCAGGUGAUUGAGUAGUUAACUGAAGCUAGGUGGGUGACUGUAAAUAUAAAUAUAACAAAAAAAAGUUGUGACUGUGUUUGGGGAAAGUAAAUGGUUUGAAAAGGUUUGUCUUGUUAUGAUUUAGGUUGGAAAAUAUCCUCUUUUGUACAUGAGUUAAGAGCUUUUCAUUUCUUUUGUUUAUAGUGCCAAAUUAUAAGUUAUGCUUUUGUACAGUGUAGGUAUAGAUCACAUUUCAAGAAUUUAUGGUUUACAAAGUUCAAUCAAUUCCUCUAUGAGCACCAGCCAGAGUCAAUAUGUCUGUGUUAAACCUGCAGGCAUGUCAAACAUACCCGUCUCUAUGGUAUGCAGCUAUUUGCCUUGACCGUUUAAGAGGGAAAUAUCAAUUAAUAUUUACUUAAUUCUCUUAAAUAAAAUAGAUAAUAAAAAUAAAAAAAUAAAAAUAGAAAUAUCAAUCAAUCAAAUGUUUUGCUAUGUUGUGAAGAUGUAUGAUAUGCAAAUUGAUGGUUUGAAUCACUCACCUUUUAACUAGUUGACCGUUCAUGCUCCAUACCUGUUAUCUAUAAACAGCUAAGCUAAAUUAAAACAUUUGAACUGUUAUAGUACUCUUUAUGCAUCUUUAUCUUUUAUUUAUUGUUGCAAAGUCCCCACUAAUCACAAUAGAAUUUGUGUGAAUUAUGUAAAUAACAUGCAAAUGAGGUCCCCACCAACAAUGUUAGUUCGUUUUUUUACUCGUCCCCAAAUGUGAUGGGGAAGUCAUUACUUCAUCAAUUCAGAUGUUUAAAGUCGUGUAUAAGCUUACAAGGCUAUUGUGAGUUUACUUUUUUGAUUUUUUUCAUACCUCUAGUACCUUUAGAAAGGGUGGUCCCCACAAAUGAUGGUUAAAAAAUUGGUCCCCAAUAAACAUAAAAACCA